CGGCGAUUGGGGCGCGCUCGCCUCCUUGGGUUUGGGGCUAAUUAUAAAGUGGCUCCAGCAGCCGCCAGCCCCGGGACAGCGAGGCGAGGUGAGGCAGCCGCUCUGAGUCCUGCAGUCCAGCGGGCGGCCCCGCAGCGACUCCAUCCAGCGCGACGUGUCGUGCCUGGGACCCGGUUUCUGCCACCAGCCUGAGCCAUCCGAACAGCGUCAACGCUCGGAGUUCGCGUCCCUCUGUCCCUGCAGCCCAUGGCGCGAUUCCUGAGACUCUGCACCUGGCUGCUGGCGCUCGGCCCCGGGCUCCUGGCGACAGUGCGGGCGGAAUGCAGCCAGGACUGCGCGACGUGCAGCUACCGACUGACGCGCCCGACCGACAUCAACCCGCUGGCUUGCACCCUGGAAUGUGAAGGGAAACUGCCUUCUCUCAAAACCUGGGAGACCUGCAAAGAGCUCCUUCAGCUGUCCAACCUGCAGCUUCCUCAAGAUGGCGCAAGCGCCCUCCGAGAACGCAGCAAACAGGAGGAGAACCUUGUGCUGGCCAAGAAGUAUGGGGGCUUCAUGAAAAGGUAUGGAGGCUUCAUGAAGAAAAUGGAUGAGCUUUAUCCUCUGGAGCCGGAAGAACAGGCAAAUGGAGGUGGAAUCCUUGCCAAGAGAUACGGGGGCUUCAUGAAAAAGGAUGUAGAGGAGGAUGACUCCCUGGGCAAUUCCUCAGACCUGCUGAAAGAGCUGCUGGGAACAGGGGACAACCGAGAGAGUAGCCACUACCAAGAGGGCAGUGAUGAUGAAGAAGUGAGCAAGAGAUACGGGGGCUUCAUGAGAGGCUUAAAGAGAAGCCCCCAACUGGAAGACGAAGCCAAAGAGCUGCAGAAGCGAUAUGGGGGCUUCAUGAGAAGAGUUGGUCGCCCAGAAUGGUGGAUGGACUACCAGAAAAGGUACGGGGGCUUCCUGAAGCGCUUCGCUGAUUCUCUGCCCUCCGACGAAGAAGGUGAAAGUUAUUCAAAAGAAGUUCCCCAAAUGGAGAAGAGAUAUGGAGGAUUUAUGAGGUUUUAAUACCCUUUCCCUUCAGUGACCCCAGCCCCAGCAAGCCUUCUUCUAUCCCCCAGUGAGAGACUGCCUCGUUGAUCGUGUUAUAUUGUCAUGUUUUGCUUGCACUGUAUAGUUGACUUUAUUGUUCGGAUAACUAACUACAUAACCUGAAAGUUCUCAUUUCAGGUUCUGUGUUCUUUUGAGAGUCUUUAAGCUCAGUAUUGGAUUAUUGCAGCUGUCCUGUUUUCAUGCUAAAACAGUUUCUGUCACCUUGUCCUUUAUUUUUGACAAAAUAUCAAUAAAUGCUUACUUGUAUAUGGAUAUAAUAAACCCCUAACCCCAACUGCAUAACAUUCUUGCAAGUCUCUUC